UAGGGUGACGGUGAGCUUAGAGCUCCGGGAGUUGGUGUGCUGGGUAUCCUGGUGGCACCGGAGCGGAUUUGAGCGAAGAAGACUGGAAGCCACGAGCGAGAAGGCAGGAAUUGUCCUGGGCAAGAAUGGCAACAGUGUGAGAUGAUGCGAUACAAGGAUUAGUUACAUUCAAGCAACUUGUCCAGAUUCAGCAUGUUUAAGAAAAAGAGUCGUUCAUCUAAAAGAGAUAACUUAGCGGUUACCGCAGUUGCUUUGCAAGAUCACGUUUUGCAUGAUCUUCAGAUUCAAAAUCUUUCGAUAGCUGAUUAUUCUAAAACAAAAAUACAAAAGAAAGAGAACAAACCCAAAUCUCUCAAAAAAGAUACAAAAGCAACAAUAGAUACUGGACUUAAGAGAUCUAUACAGAGCCCCAGAAUGGAGGAUCCAGAAAAAGAAUAUGUCCUUGAUCCCAAACCACCACCAUUAACUUUAGCACAGAAGCUGGGCCUGGUGGAGCCUCCCCCAUUGCCGCUGUCAUCAGAGGAAUGGGACAAAGUGAAGCAGCGAUCCAUCCUACAGGGGGAUUCCGUGCAGCCGUGUCCUAUAUGUAAAGAAGAAUUUGAGCUUCAUCCCCAGGUGCUGCUUUCAUGUUCCCAUGUGUUUCACAGGGCAUGCCUUCAGGCUUUCGAGAAGUUCACAAAUAAAAAAACGUGUCCUCUCUGUAGAAAGAAUCAGUAUCAAACGAGAGUGAUCCACGACGGAGCCCGGCUCUUCAAAGUCAAGUGUGCCACAAGGGUCCAAGCCUACUGGAGGGGAUACAUUGUUCGGAAAUGGUACAAAAACCUAAGGAAAACGGUACCUCCCUCGGAUGCCAAGUUGAGGAAAAAAUUCUUUGAAGAAAAGUUCACAGAGAUCAGCCACCGCAUCCUGUGCUCCUACAGCACCAACAUAGAAGAGCUCUUCUCGGAAAUCGACCAGUGCUUGGCCGUGAACCGAAGCAUUCUUCAACAGCUGGAUGAAAAGUGCGGCCAGGAGAUUACAGGAGAGGCCUGGGAGAAAAUCCAAAUACAGGCCCUUGGCCGGGAGAGCCUCGAAUGUCCCAUUUGCCUCUCCCCGCUGUCACUCAGCGGCCACCGCCAGCCCCGCCGGGAGACCGUUCUCCUGUCCUGCUCGCACCUGUUCCAUCACACGUGUCUCCUCGCCCUGGAGGAGUUCUCCCUGGGAGACAGUUUUCCUUUGCAUGUCUGUCCACUCUGCCGCUCCUGCUAUCAAAAGAAAAUACUAGAAUGCUGAUUUCUCACUCAGGAUAUACUGGGGGGGAGGGGAAAUGGGGGAAGCUUAUCUUCAUGUUGGCAAAUUUUGUG